AUGGCAGAGCGGAAGCAAUCCUUACCAGCCAGCAGGGGCCGCGUAAACCAGAAGGGAGGGCUGGACCUUGCUACCGUCCUAGACGAAGGUCAACGCGCUGAUCUCACGCUGCUCGUCGCGAGCAUAACCGAGUCAAUGCGCAAACAGAUCCUGGACAAUUUCGACGCCAUGGCCGGACUGGAUAAAUCUCUUCUGCGAGAAGGCAUGACCGAGGAUGAGAAGAUGAUGGCUGCUGACCCUGCCAACGCUGAUGUCGCGGCCUACGACCGAGAACGCAAGCUCAAGGAAGAAAGCGACAAGGACCUGGCCACUGUGAAGAUGAAGAACCUCAAGAAGAACGCGGUGAAAGCAUAUGAUGAGUGGCGCGAGCAAAUGAUCCUGCGAGUCGGUCAGGUUGUCAACAGUGAAAGGACUGCCAAAGAACAGGUGCAGAAGAAUGCUGGCAAAGCCGACAUUGCGAGACCCCAGUCGACAACCACAGCCGGGAAAGUCGUGGGAGCGCCAGCUAAACUUGUUGGUCUGAAAUUCAAGGAUGUGUUCCCACCCACGAGGACCCCAUUAACGAAACUGCCAAUGGACAAGCGAACGCUGAUACUGCACUCCGUGCUUCUCCUAUUGCUGUCUCUGGAACAUUACAACGCCUACUCUCGCAUACUCAUGCUGAAUUUGACGUCUUCUCUGAAGCUGCCUCUGAGGACUUUUGAACAGGACGAGUAUACUACGGCAAAGGGUCUCCUUGAGGCAGCCAAGGAGAUGACAGCUGAUGAAGAAAGGCUGAAGAAGGCCGAUGACAACAAAGAUUCGAGGAAGUGGAAGGUCGGUCUGGCUACAGCUGCUGGUGCCGCCAUCAUCGGUGUUACGGGCGGUCUUGCUGCACCUCUCGUGGCCGCAGGUGUCGGCUCUGUCAUGGGAGGUCUUGGACUUGGAGCAACGACCGCCGCCGCUUAUCUUGGCUCCGUGGCUGGAAGCAGUGUCGUCGUUGGUGGCCUGUUCGGUGCUUACGGAGGCAGAAUGACCGGCCAGAUGAUGGAUAAUUAUGCUCGCGAGGUCGAAGACUUCCAGUUUCUUCCUGUCCAUGGCAGAAGCACCAAAAAGACCAGUGAAGACGAGACCAAGGGCGCGAAGCAGGCGAGUGAACACGACCACAAACUCCGUGUUACAAUUGGUAUCUCUGGCUGGCUGACCGAGAAAGAAGAGGUUGUCAAACCAUGGCGCGUGCUAGGCGCCGGGGCCGAGGUCUUUGCGCUGAAGUACGAACUCGAAGCGUUGCUCAACCUGGGUAACGCCAUGAAUGGCAUGGUGCAGUCUGCAGCAUGGGGCUACGCGAAGAAAGAACUUAUUCAGAGGACCAUCUUUGCCGAGCUAGCAGCUGCCCUGUGGCCUAUUGGACUACUCAAGGUUGCGAGAGUGAUUGACAACCCCUUUAGCGUUGCAAAGAGCCGGGCCGAGAAGGCCGGCGAAGUGCUUGCCGACGCCCUGAUCAAUCGCGCUCAGGGGGAGCGGCCAGUCACCCUCAUAGGGUAUUCGCUAGGGGCGCGAGUCAUAUACACCUGCCUGAUGAGUCUGGCGAAGAGAAAAGAGUUCGGCAUCAUCGAGCAUGCCGUACUCAUCGGUUCUCCAACUCCGAGCGAUACCAGUGAUUGGCGAGUCCUGCGCAGUGUCGUCGCGGGAAGACUCGUCAACGUCUUCUCGGUCAAUGACUAUAUCUUGGGAUUCAUGUACCGCACGUCAGCUAUCCAAUACGGCGUCGCCGGUUUGCAAAAGGUCGAAGGUCUGAGCGGAGUUGAGAACUUCGACGUGUCCGACGACGUGAACAGCCACCAGAGGUACCGCUACUUGAUCGGCGCGAUCCUCAAGAAAAUCGGCUUUGAAGAUAUUGACAUGGCUGCGGUGGAGCAAGAACAUCAGUUGCUCUUGCAGGUGGAGGAUGAGGAAAAGAAGCAGUCACUCCAAUCGCAGCGCAAAUGGUUGCUGCGACGCCAAUCCACCGGCGGCAAGGAAGACGAAGCCGCCGAAGCAGAGGCCGAAGCCAACGAAUUAGAACAGAAGGUGCAGGAUCAGACACAGAAGAGCUUGGUGACCAGAGCGAUCGAAUACUUUUACGUGCCUAGCAUUCCCAGUACCAAGGACGCCGAGAAAGCCGCGGGAGACUUGCAGAAGGCCGGACAAGAUCCAACUCAGGCAGGAAAUGUAGCAGGCCAGACCACCCGAUCUGCGCCAGACUCGACGCAAGGCUACGCGGCCAAGUUGUACAAGAGCCUACCUAGCAUGCCGUAUACGAGCCGGACGACACCGACGAGCGCGGCCCAGAUGUCUGCAGGAACAGGUCCAGCUACCAAGGACAUUGCUGGCCAAGCCACCGGAGCGGGCGAGGGUACUACUGGGCAGGCUAGGAAGUAUGUCCAGCAAGCCUCGUCCUAUCUCCAAUCUCUACCCAGCAGUGUGCAAUCGCUUUCCAGGGGCACCAGCGGCAGAACGAAACCCCAGCCAAAGUCAAAGUCAUCGGCGCCUGAAAUGGCCCUCGACUCGGCAAAGAACGCAGCAUCCACCACGGCAUUUGCAGCAAAGAGCACAGCAGGUGUCGUCUCUGACACACUAACUCCAACCGUACAGAAUGCUCUCAAUCCAAAGGACAACCCGGCCGUGGCAUCGACAAGACAAGCCGCCGAUAAAGCACCUAUCAUCCACCAAGCAAAAGACAAUACAUCUAUACCUGAGCCUGCGCAAUCUGCCGCAGGUGGCGUCUCCACUGCAGUAGGCACAACCGCGCAAAAUGCAGGCCAGCUGGCGCAGAAGGGUCUUGAUACGACUAGCAGCAAGGCAGGCGAGACAGGGAAAGCACUAUUCACCAGCGCUGCGAGCCCCGGUGCCAAUGCCACGAAGACAGGGUCAGGCCAGAGCUAUACCACGCGAGCCGCGGCGUAUCUACCCCAGGUCAGCAUGCCGACUCUUGGAUUCGGGGGCGCCGGAAAGCAAGAGAGGACUAAGCCGCCGAAACUGGAGAAACGGUCGUCGGCGGCAUCGGGGUCAAGGCCCAACCUCGACAAGACUUCUUCGGGAUCACAGACAGGGGUGAAGUCUCCUUCUCUCCCAAGGCUCGAGAAAAUCUCGUCUGGUUUCAGGUCACCGCCUGCAAAACUAGAGCGGCUCCCAUCCGGCAUCAAAUCUCCUCCCACUUCCGUCCCUUCACCGAACCUGAACAUUGCGCGCCAAGUUUCGGGUGUGAAGUCGCCGCCGCCCAAACUGCCCCCACGGCGGCAGAGCUCAAGACAACAAGCCCGCCAAGCCCAGCAGCAAGUGGGCGGACCUGAUGCCAGGGUCAAUCCAAAGUCUCCUGUAACCUCACCUACGAAUGCUGGUACUGGCCUGCCGUCCGCCGCUGCCCUUGGUGAGCGGUUGGCAAGUCUACCAUCGAGCAUACCGUCCACGUCCACGGUGGCAGACGUGGCACAAAAGGUCGGAAAGAAAGCGACAGGUGUGGGUGCUGCGGAAAGCGGAGUCAAGAGUCCUGCUCCCGCUCAUGCCAACGCGAGCGUGGACAUAGAUCAGCAGAACAACGCGGACAACAAAACUGCAGCUGGAUCAAAGCUAUCGUCUACUAUGCCUGACGCAGGAAUGUUAAAGGGCGCAGCCAGCGAUACCGCCUCGGCUACUGCGAAAAAAGGAGAAGCCAUGCUUUCGGGGAUGGGACGAACGGUCGGUUUCGGACGGUAG